AUGCAAACAAUUCUACAACAUGACAUGCAGUCACUACUGUGUGGUUCUUAAAUCAGAAAAUAAAGCAGAGUGUAGAUGCUCUGAAGGAUAUCGUCUGAUGAACAAUGAAGUAUCCUGCGCAGAGGUGAACGAGUGUACAGAAACUCCUGACAUCUGCGGGGUAGAUGCCACAUGUACAAAUUUGGAAGGAUCUUUUCAAUGUAAUUGUCCAUCGGGAACUAAACUACAAAACGAUGGCAUAACAUGUGCAGAGUGUGAUAAGUUCCAUUAUGGUGUGAACUGUUCACGAGAAUGCAGCUGUAUUAACGGAGCAUGUGACACGAAACAUGGAUGUGUGUGCGAAAAAGGAUGGAUUGGAGAAUACUGUGACGAAGACCUAGAUGAGUGUGCCGCCGGAACAAAGGAAUGUAAAGAAGAAAAUUCUGUUUGUAUGAACACCCCUGGCGACGCCAUUUGUAUCUGUAAAGUAGGGUUUGCGAAGAACGAGACAACAUUUGACUGUGCGGAUAUCGAUGAAUGUGAGAAACUCAACGACUGCCACCAUUCCUGUGAAAAUACACUCGGAAGUUAUCGGUGCUCAUGUAGCGAGGGAUACACGCUGGAUCUAUCAAACAGGAGAUCUUGCAAACACAAAGAUGAAUGCAAACAUGAGUCAAACCCUUGUGAACAGAAUUGCACAAAUACUCCAGGGAGUUUUGUAUGUGGCUGCAAUACAGGCUUUACUCUGUCAAUUGACAAAUUUUCCUGUAAUGUAUGCAAAACAGGUCUGUAUGGACAGAAUUGUGGAAACAUUUGUGGCUGUAAUACUGAGAACACGGACCUAUGUGACCACGUGACUGGCAACUGUACAUGUAAAGAGGGUUGGUCUGGAGCAAAUUGCACUGAUGACGUUGAUGACUGUAUAGGGAAAACUGAUGUUUGCAGCACAACACCCAACUCUACUUGCAUUAACACCGAUGGUAGCUUCAAAUGUGAAUGUAACAAUGGAUUCUUUGAAAACGGUCCACGUUGCGAUGAUGUCGAUGAAUGUCAAUUGAACCAUAACUGUACUCUCCCUGGCCAAGAAUGUGUUAACUCACGAGGAGGGCACUCGUGUAAAUGUAGGAGAGGAUACCAUGAUGACGGUCUUUCAUGCACAAUGUGCAGCAACAAUACCUAUGGGGAAAACUGCUCAUCGCAUUGCACAUGCAACGUAACUAACACGGAGAUUGUUUCGGAGCAUCAAAUUUGCCAAACUGAAAACGGACAGUGCACCUGUAAACAAGAAUGGGAAGGCGAAAAUUGUGAUACGGAUAAAAAUGAAUGUAUGGACGAUACAAUUUGUUCCUCGUUUGAAAACACUGGUUGCCACAAUUUGCCUGGAAACUAUUCUUGUGACUGUUUGAGAUAUUACGAGCAAGUAAACGGAACUUGCACUGCGCCUCACAAAACAACAGAGGUCGAACCAGACAGUGCCAUACGAAUUGAGGUUGAAAUAAGUUUCAACUGGACAUCGUCUGAUUUAAAUUUCAACCUGAGCAGCACUUAUGAAGAAUAUAAAACGGAAGCAGAACGAAUGUUAGAGCACUAUUAUGAAGAACGCUUGAAUGCAGAAGUUGAUAUCUACAUCAAGAACAUAUGGUCUAGUCCAAUACACGUCUUGUUUGUGGUGACAUAUUCGACGGAAGAUCCUGCCAUUGCCCGAGCAUUGUCAGACGGAACAAAGGAGUUACAUGGAGCUGAACUUACAUUCUUUGGAGUUAAUAUUCAUCCGGAAACAGUAUCGCUUCCUGAGUUGUGUGAUGUGAACUGCAACCAUUGCGUGCUGAAAGAUGGAUUAGCCAUUUGCAGAACGGAUUCAAGCGACUGGACUCUAGAGAUAGUAGUAGGAACUUCUGUUGGAGGAUCCGCCCUUCUGAUUAUACUGAUGCUUAUUGUUGGUUGUCUUCUUCGACGAUGGAAAAAUGGACAAAUUGAGAAACGACUACGCGAAAGGGCAGGGAGAAAAGCGCAAAAGAUGGACAAGGACACGGGCUUUGACAAAAAUGUUACAGUCCCUUCACCAGGCCACUCAAGCGACGAGCGCUAUCUCACAUGGAGAACUAUGCUUUCAUCUACGGACACGUACGAUGAAAUUCGUCACAUACCACGACCAAAGCAAACGUUGGCAGCAAAUAACGUAUAUACAUGAUUUACCAACGAAGAUUUUCUUUAUUGAUUUGUUUUAUAAUCUUUUAACCAGGAUAUGCUUAGUAUAGUGCUUUAACUUUUGAUAUAUGAACUUAUUCGUAAUACAUGUUUGCCUUCAUAUUCAAUCUACAAAGGACUUAUUAUCAUUAAAGAUAUUUCAAUUUUGAUGUCUUUGAAACUAAAAUGGUUCUCAAAAUGUUAAAACGCAUCAUUUUGUUGUCAGGUUGAUUUAAUCUUACGUGAUUGUUAACCAUUACCAAUACAUGCUAUCCCUUCCAUGUUUCUAUGUUUGUAUCAGCUUUUAAUCAGAAUAUGCUUAGCAUCGUGCUGUAGGUUUUGAAGUAUGCACUUAUCGUCUGCAAUACCUAGUAGUUUACUACAUCUUCCAAAGACUUGCUACUCGUAUGUCCAUUAAAAAAACGAACUCUCAUACUGGAAUACAGCAAUAAGUGUACGUGACUGUUUAACAACAUUUGUACCGGUCAGGCAGGAAAGGUAUAUCACUUGUUCAACUUCAUUAAGUGUGUUAUUCUGAUUUAAUUGAACCACAUAUCAGAAUAUCAUUGGGACUUAAUC